UAUCUCUUGCUGGGCCUUGCAAAGGCAGUGCUAAUUCCGUGCAGUAGCAGACUGCCAACUCUAUCACAGUAUGGAUCAUAUUUUAACAUGGAUACUUUCUGACAAACUUCUUCCCCUUUCACCCACAUCUCAAGCACAUCCCUAUUCAAUCUUGCCUGUAGCAUCUAUGAAACAACUCCACCAGCCAAUUUUCAGCAAAUAUAAAGGAUCUAUUUUUAGAAGUCUUUAAGAUGGCAAGAAAUGCUGACCUCAGAAAACUGUGAAUAACAAGCUCCUUAUUUCUUCUUCCGUGCCCGCUCUCUCUGUGGAAGCAAACCACCACGAUUUGGCCAAUUACUCCAGAGUCACCAUCAGGCAAGAGCUGCAUUUUGAGCAUCUCUACUCCUUGAUACAUUCCCAAAUGUCUUGCCCAUGCCAACCUAACAGGUCCGAUUUGCAUUCCCUCAUGCUGUCAGCCUCAGCGACUUCCCUCCAUGCAGCACAGGGAGGGGAUGUAGUGAUUCACCCAGCCUCGGGAUCCCCCUGCCAACCCACUGUUUGUUUGAGUGAUUUUAUUGUUGAAGCCCUGUUGCCACAUUUGAAACUAUACUUUUUUCUAUUUUUUUUUUUUUUAUGACAACCAGAAGUUCAGUUGCAUAAACAGAUGCUGUUGUGGGCCUCUGUUACUCAGCUGGAUCAGCAUCAGCCAUUUUUCCAGGCUGCGGUCUCUGCGUUGCACACUGAGUCAGAGGCAGCCCUGCACAGAUUUCUUUGAAUCGCUGGUUUCCUCCCAGGGACUCUUGACACCCUGCCAACAAAACAGGGCGUAGCUCAUUAAUUUUAUUUUUUUUCUUUCUCUUUAAAGGCAGUCUGAUUCAUAGUAACUCCUUUAAAACAGAGUGGAAAGACACCACCCUCCCACACCACCGGAGGAAACUUAAACCACCACCAGGUCACUCCCCUUCACUCCAGCUCUGCACUCCAGGACAUCGGCACUGCAGCCCAGCACGCUCCUUCUUCCACAGGUGCCAGCACCAGCCCCAGCCCACACGAGCUCUCUGUAUUGGUGACAGCACCUAGAAGAGACCCAAGAUGUUGGUGCUACUGGCUGGUAUCUUUGUGGUUCACAUCGCCACUGUCAUCAUGCUCUUCGUCUCCACCAUUGCCAACGUUUGGAUGGUGGGUUCUUCAAACACUGGAACGAUCUCAACAGGACUCUGGCUGCUGUGCAACAAGACCUGCACUCAGUUGCCAGUUAGCAGUCAAGAUGAGGCUUCCCUCAAAGCCGUACAAGCCUUUAUGAUCCUCUCGAUCAUCUUCUCUGUUGUGGCACUCGUCCUGUUCAUUAUCCAGCUCUUUACCCUGGAGAAAGGCAAACGUUUCUACAUGACUGGAGCCGUCAUGCUGGUUUGCUGGAUGUGCAUUCUGAUUGCAGUCUCCAUUUACACAGCUCGGUUCACAGGCACAAUGGUGUACUCCACAAAUCCUCACCAUGGCUACUGCUUCAUAUUGGCCUGGAUCUGCUUUUGCUUCAGUUUCAUCAUUGGCAUCCUCUACCUUAUUCUUAGAAAAAAAUAAGGCUGAUGAGUGUCCAGGGGAGAGGGUUGGCUACUGGGAGUGGGGAAGAAUUACUCUGUGAGAGAACUGUUGGGCCAAUAGACAAAACCAGCCACCAUCAUCACUGCCACCAAAGAACAAUCAAUAACUAAAUUCUAAAUUCAGUUCUAAAGCUAGAAUCCUCAGAAACUCCUUCACCAAGGAGAGGGAGAAACAACUACUGAUCUAGCACUUCUGGGGCUAGAAAUCUGCAAGUGACCCAGACAGCUCUUCUCCUUUUCUGCAAAGUUGUGCCAUACCUUCACAAAGCUUUAAGCUCAGCAGCGAUGAUUAAAGGGCACCACAAAAACAAU